GCGGGCUCUUCUCCAUCGUGGGCGCCCUGUGCUACGCCGAGCUGGGCACCACCAUCACCAAGUCCGGCGGCGACUACGCCUACAUGCUGGAGGUGUACGGCUCCCUGCCCGCCUUCCUCAAGCUCUGGAUAGAGCUGCUCAUCAUCCGCCCCUCCUCCCAGUACAUCGUGGCCCUGGUCUUCGCCACCUACCUGCUCAAGCCCCUCUUCCCCAGCUGCCCGGUGCCCGACCAAAGCGCCAAGCUGGUGGCCUGCCUCUGUGUCCUGUUACUCACGGCGGUGAAUUGUUACAGCGUGAAAGCAGCCACCCGUGUUCAGGAUGCGUUUGCAGCUGCAAAACUGUUGGCUCUUGCUUUAAUCAUCAUUCUUGGCUUUGUGCAGCUUGGAACAAAUGACGUGUCAAACCUGAAUCCUGAACACUCCUUUGAAGGCACCAAAGUUGAUGUGGGGAACAUCGUGCUGGCUUUGUAUAGCGGUCUCUUUGCCUAUGGAGGCUGGAAUUACUUGAAUUUUGUCACUGAGGAGAUGAUAAACCCCUACAGAAACCUGCCUCUAGCCAUCAUCAUUUCACUGCCCAUUGUCACCUUAGUUUACGUGUUGACGAACUUGGCCUACUUCACCACCCUGUCAACAGACCAGAUGCUAGCAUCUGAAGCCGUGGCUGUGGACUUUGGAAACUAUCACCUUGGCGUGAUGUCUUGGAUCAUCCCCAUCUUCGUUGGUUUAUCCUGUUUUGGGUCUGUCAAUGGAUCCCUCUUCACUUCUUCUCGGCUUUUCUUCGUGGGAUCCCGGGAGGGUCACCUGCCUUCUGUCCUGUCCAUGAUUCACCCCCGGCUGCUCACUCCCAUGCCGUCUCUCAUCUUCACAUGCCUCAUGACCCUGCUCUACGCCUUCUCCAAUGACAUCUUCUCAGUCAUCAACUUCUUCAGCUUCUUCAACUGGCUGUGCGUGGCGCUGGCCAUCAUCGGCAUGAUGUGGCUCCGGUACAAGAAGCCGGAACUGGAAAGGCCCAUCAAGGUUAACCUCUUGCUGCCCAUCUUCUUCAUCCUGGCCUGCUUAUUCCUGAUCGUGGUCUCCUUCUGGAUGACGCCGGUGGAAUGCGCCAUCGGCUUUGCCAUCAUUCUCAGCGGGAUCCCUGUGUACAUGUUUGGGGUCUGGUGGAAAAACAAACCCAAGUGGAUCCUCCAGGGCAUCUUUUCCGUGACAGUCCUGUGCCAGAAGCUGAUGGAAGUGGUUCCCCAAGAGUCUUAAGGAGAAAAAGCAAAGACGUUCGGCUCGGGAAAACGCACAAUAUUAUUUUAAAACACAAAAGAAAAUCGUUUCUGAUCCCUCAUCAUUCUCCAAACCAGAAACACUUUGUCAGAGCUGCCACGUCGCUCAGUUCCCACCACUCGGCGUGCCCCCCCUUUCUCCACCCCAACCCCAUCACCGCCAACAAGCCAAGCAGCGGAAUACCUCUUUGAAGAGGAGUUCGCGGGGUACAAAUUUAGUCUAGGAAGAGGCGUUUCCAUAGGUAACGUCAGAAGGCUCCAGCACAUCCGGUUACAGAGAAACUGAUCUGGCACUCUGUGUGUGUAUGUGUGAUGGCCGGACUUCAGUUCUGUUUGUGCUUUCUUUGUUGCCAUCUUUUAAUUUAAGGUUAGCAUUUCAUUUUGGCAUGACAGAGGCUGCACCCAAACCUGCCACAGGAAGCUGAAAUUCCAGGGCAGUCCGUGUAGCCCAUCUGCUUGUGCAGGGACUGGGAUUCCACACUGCCACCGGGCUACAAAACAGUCCUCCAAGUCCUUCUGUUUCAGAUGCAACAAACCUAGCCCCCUUACCAAGCGGGAUCGUCGGAAGACUAAACACUCGUAGGCCCAAAUAGAUUAAACAAAUGGACUGAAAUAGACAUGAUGCUGAUAUUAAACAAGGCCUUGCACUGAAGUUCAACUGGAUCCCCGGCCCUUCUUUGCUGCCCUAGAUUAAUUUUUUUAUUAUUCUUAUUUGUAGUGAUACUAAAAACUGUACUCCAUUAGCUAUAUGGUUUUGGGUUUCCCCAUCACCACCUCAGGGCCUCCACGUGUUUCUCCUUUUCACUGACUUAAAAUAAAUAUUGACAAAAUUUUAGAGAGGUUUGCAAAGCAAAGAUUAUUCGAGAGGCGUGGGUUGAUAUUGGCACACACAGAUCUACUCUGCUGGAUGGUUUGGAGCUUGCCAAUGAGGUGUCCUGGCAGUGAUGCCCAAAAGUCCAGGGGGAAGCUGCAUUCGUGUUUCAGAGAGCAUGGGGCACUGCACAGGUCUUUUGAUUUCAUGCUGCUGCUGAAAAGUGCAAACUGGAUCACGCCCAGUAGCCUGUGUUUUGCUGUUCAGUCUUAGCCCUCUUGAUGGUUAGGCCAGUAUACCAACCUGCUUUCCUACCUACCCUACUGCUAUUGUUAUCCUUGAGUACCAGGAAUCUACUCCUGCAAAUUAGGACUGGGCUCCCAGUAUGGGUCCAAAGGGCAGCGUUUCAUGGGACGUUUAAUCUGCCCUGUGGGGAAAUGAGCACAAUGGGUGCACUCUCCAUUCUCCUGAAGAUGGGUUCGGUGCAGUCACAUACGGUGCCGUGCCAACAAGUGGCACUGUCCAUCAGCAUUCAGGGUAACUGAUGCUUGCUCUUAAGUCACACAGAGAAGGUUUGGAUGGAGUCUCCUAGCUGACACCCAGAGAUUGCAUGCCAGCAGAUUGGCUGCUGUGAUGGCUUUAUUAACGCCAUACUAACUAUGUUUCAUCUAGAAAUGUAUUGAGAGGAGAAGGAAGGAAGUACGUUUGAGGUGGCGCGUCCCCAAACCGGAGAGCCUCCAGGGCUACCCAUCUACCAUCACUUUGACGUUCUGUUUCUCUUGCGGCUCCUAGAAGUGAUGCCCUGGAAAAGUGCUUCUGUCUGUAAAACGGCAGCCCCACAUUCUGGCUAGCUGGCGUUGGACCUGCUUUUCAGGAAGUUCUCUGCCUUCCAGAGGUGGGCACUUUGAAUGUUGAGCAGGAUCUGCAGUAUCACGGUCCAUGUGAAUGUCUCUCUCUGCUUUUUGGGUGACCAUAGGGAGCCAGCUUUCCUAUUCCAGCUUUAUAGACUCUGAUGCUCGCAUACAGAUGCUGUAACCUGCUACAUUCCCACAUAAUCAGGAGCUUUCCCUUAAGGACUGUAUUGCUUCCUUACCUAAAAAAGCUGUCUCUUUAGGAAGAUACAGAGCCCCUAAUUGUAUAACGAAUUAUAUUGAACUCAUCUGUGUUGAUGGUGAUGUUCUCUUUUAAAAGCAAACACUUAUUUUCCUUAGGUGAGCUAUGCCGGUCUCUUCCAGAGUCUUUAUGCUUUUGCCUGGCCAUGCAUCCUUAGAAAAUGGUAAUUAAACUUGUGCCCUGCCAUAUGGAGUUUUUUGUUUUGUUUCAGUAAGGCAAGCUGUUUUGAAGCAAUAACCCCAUCGAGUUAAUGGCUUAAUACACUGCCUCUGUCAGGUGCCUGUCUGCUUUCUUUUGCAUUUGUGCACUGUCCUUUCAUGAAUCUGUUUUGCCAAGAGGCUAGGCAGCUUGUUGCGAUUCCAGACAGCCGCGUCUCCUAAGACCAUCUGUAAAAAAUGACCAGUGAUUGUUGUUGAAUCAACAAGUUAUAUACGCGGCAUUGUUGCGGCAUUAAAAAAAACAUGUUGUUCUUAGAAAGUAUGUUUGGAAGAGUGGCUUGUUUAUAUUUCCUGUAAAACCUCCCCCUGCUAGGUCACUCCUCCAGUUCGACCUGGGUCAGUAAUGACACAGCCAAUAGAUAUUCAGCUGUGGAGCUAUGUGCAAUGAGUUGAUAGGGUCUCAGAUCCAUUUCUAGUGGACAAGUGUCUGUGUGACCCUCUCCUGGACCAUGGAAUCUGAGCUUUUCUUUUUCCUUCUCUUCCAGAUCAAGGUUGAGGUGCUUUGGCAGGACAGCAAAGGACUGCUUGCACUAACAUUGCCUGAGCUGCCAGUACCUCUUCUGCAGAUAGAGCAUCUGAGUCAAUCUGACACCUCUAGCGAGUGCUAGAUUUCCUGUUAGGGUUUAGUGUCCUUAGGGCCAGCCACAUGGAGUACCCUGCUUGAAUUUCUGGAUCUGCGCUCUAGCCCCCUUGGCUAGCAGGGAUUUCAAGUGCCAUGUAGGUAACACUAGAAUUAUCUGCGGGGGGAGGAGAGAGGGUUUUUCAUCUCUCACUCACCGCAAGCUGAAAUUAAAUGAGUAGCUGUGCCGAAGCCACAAAGAGUUCUGAUCUAGCGACAGAGUUUUGGGGUUGUUUGAACCCAUCUCUAAACUAGCAUCAGGAGUGAAUAAUAGAUGAAAAUGGUUUUCCUCUUGUUUAACCUUUACAACUUACGUUUAAAGAGGGAUUUUCACACUGGAGAGUUUGUUUUUGUUUUUUGUUUUAACUUGUGUUACUUAAAAUCACGACCUACAGGCUUCUCUUGGAUCACUUUCCUUCACUACAGCCACUAACUGCGAAGAAUUUUCUCUUCUGUCAGUCUGCUUGCUCCUGCGGUGAAAUCACAAUGCUCCAUUGUGACAUCACCAUUGUUGCUACAUGGCAAUAACAGUGUCAUAAACGCAGAUGUGCUGUAUCCCCACAAGAUGAUGGGUAUGCCAAGGCUGAAAUCUCAUUCUGAGUUUUUCCAGUCUGCAAGUGCAUCUUUGAGGGACCAGAUGGAUUGAUUGUCUUGGAAGAAAAUCACACACAGUCCUCUUCAUCCUGAGGAUAGUGGCCUAGAUAUGUGUAUUUCCUGGAGUCGGGGGGGAAUGGAUAAAGAAGCUUAGAGAUGCCAGCUUUGAGACUGGAUGCACGAAGCUAAAGUUUGGUGUGAGAGGAGAGAGUACAUCGAUGAAAGACCUCUGCUGCCUUUCGGAUCAGAAGUCCGGUGACGUGUCAGAACGGGCAUGAGUUACUGACCGAGGGUUUGGAGAGACUGUUGGCAUAUAAAAUCAUCUAGACUAGACAUGGCUUUGCCUGGGAUCAUUCAUUCUGUUGUAUGUUCUGGGUGACCCAAAACAGGAGAAAUACACGCACACACACACACACACACACACACACACACACACACACACACACAAAACCACAUGGAAAGCGCCAUUGUUACUUGUAACAUACUAAUAACUAUUGAUGUUGCAGCUUAGUAAAUUUCCCCGAUCAGUGACGUAUCUUGUCAACAAAUUUUAUAGGAUAGUGUUGUGCAGUUGUGACCCCCAACUGCUGAAGCUUACUGUGGUUUUAAUGGAAUAGAGUAUAUGGGAUCAUGGCUGUAGAACACUGUGGUGUGUGUGUGUAUGUGUGUAUAUAUAUAUUAUAAGUGGUUGCUGUGAAUUACGUAGCUCUCUUGGUGACGUACUAACACCCCAUCAACUAUAAAUAUUAGGAUGUAGCUAGUUUUUUAAGAUUAAUUGCAGGGAAAUAAUUGUCACUCAAGGUUCAUGCAACUUUGCCUUAUUGAUACCAAGAGGGUAAGGAAGAACUGUCCUUGAUUUAAUGGGCAUGUUCCCCCUGGCAUUAUAAAUUCUGAAGAGAAGGUGAAUUAUGGUGGGUGGUCGUGUUUAAAAAAAAAAGUUAUCUGGGCUCCUUGUUAAACUUCUUGCAGUAGUUUCAUCGUUUUCCCCUCCUGAAUGGCAUGUUGUACUAAACAGGGUUUUAUUUUUAGAGGCACCCACUGGAAUACCUUCUUGUUGUCCAGCAAACUUUAAAGAUCAUCCCAUUUGAUUGAAACCUGUAUUAAAUUGCUCUGUUGUUCUUCCCUGCUUCAGUCACUGCAAACAGCUGAGGUGGGUGUAUCGCUGACAUUCCUCAGCAUGGCUUGCUCGGACUCGGUUUGUCUCUGGUACUGGAUUGGGGCAGAAAUGGAAAGACUGGGGUGCUGGGAACAGGCUGCGAUGAUUAAUGAAAACUACUGAUUCAUAAAUAGCGAGGCUGUUGGCAGUCACUGAAAGGAAAAAGAGUCCUAGUGAUUUGAAGAUGUGGCUGGAAUGCAUAUUUAGGUUAGUCUGAACAAGACAGGGUCAUUACCAAUGUCUCUGGGAUGUCUUUUGCCUUUUGACUGGGAAAAACCCCCUAACACAUUAAACAGACGUUACAGUAUUCUGUGGUAAUAUUUCCAAAUAUUACAAAACACUAGAAAGCCACUACUGUGGGGCAUGACAGUAUUUUCUUAAAAGGGUUGUGUAACUCCCCUUUCAGUGACAUCAAAGGGAAGGCUAAAAGAACUGUUGAACCACUACGAUUUUUUUAUUAUUUAAACAAUAGAGAAACAAUGUUCUUAAAGUUUGGGUUCUCUCUUCCAGCUGAAAAGAGGCAGGCUGGCAGUGAGCUGGCUUUCAUUUCCUCUAGGACCUUUGCUGAUGCUCAUGCACUGAGCUGUCUGACAUUUUUUACAUCAGCAGGACAUGCUGGAGUCCAUUACAGCCUUGUAUUCACUCUGGGAGCCUGCAGAGUAGCUGCUUUAUCCAGCUGCUGGAAGUGGUAUCCUCUUGUGAGGACAAUGGAGUUCAAGGUAUUGAUUGCAGGCCAAAGCUCCAUACGCCUUCUGGUGAAACUCCCAUGGAAGUUCUCAAGCUCCGUGAGAUGCUGAAUUUUUCGUGGAAGCUGGGCCCAGUUGUGGCCUGGAUAAAUUUGUUCGCUUGACUUCCGUGGGAAUUUUGCCUGCGUGAGAAUAGUCUAAAGUGGGAUGGUGGGGCCUGAUUAUGAAAGAUGCCUAGCUCCUCUGUUCACUGGGAGUCAGGGGCUUAGUCUCAUCUUGGCUCAGUCCAGAGCAGGGCUCACCGUUCUCUCUGUUGCAGCAUUGGAGGGCGGUAGCGUAUGUAGAUAGGCCCUGGUUGCUGCCAGUGGUCUAAGCAAGAUGUCGAUCAGAUGUUUGAACAGGGUUAAUGUGCUCACGGUAACGCCGGCAGCCCAUCUAAUUGGGCUCUUGGUGUUUCUAGCCCGGGGAGAGUUGAACCUCGUGUUAGAUGGCUCUUUGGAGACGUGCUGUUCACAGGUCCUUUCCUUAGCAGCUCUUUAUCACUCUUGUUCCUUGCAUUAGAAAGGAUGUUGCUCCCUCCAGUUAUAGCAUUUUAAGACAAAAAACAAUUAUUUUUUUAAAUAUUGAAUUAAUUUGUAAAAGGCUAAAAGAGACGUACCUAAAUUAUUCCCUUUGUGUGACGUUGACCCCAGCACAGAGGGUCUGCACCGUGUCUUGCGUGCCAUACUCAGUCCCAUGUGGAGGGGCCAAACGAUGCAGAUAGCUUUGGGUCUUCUGCACUGUGGUGAAUGUCACGCAUAGGGAGAUGUUUGCCCUUGUAUGUUCAGAAGGAUAGCGUGAAAACUUAAGUCCCAUUUAAACCUUUAUAAGGAAGUUUUAAGUGGCGUGUAGGCCUCGCGCUGGCCUUCAGAACAAAACCCGGGUGAAUGUUACACCUAGUAAAUCAUCUGACUUUUCAGAAAUGUCUUGCUUUUUAAAGUUUAUAUAAGUUUUUUUGUUUGUUGUGGUUUUUGUUUUUAAUUUUUUUAACGAACAUAAAUAGAAAUCUAGAUCUAAGUUAGGAUUUUGUUGCUCCUGAUUGCUUUUUUUAAAAAAGUACUAACUUUAUGGUUGCUCUAGAAUUUGUGUGCUUUAAUGGGUAAAUAUAUUUAAUCUUGAUAUUUCUACAGUAAGUGCUGUCUAUUUACAAUGUUUGCGUUUCUGUCAACGUGGAUAUUCCCAGAUUGAUCUAGAGUGCUGCUCCAUCAGUCAUUAGUAAUUUAAUCAGAUUUUCUUGUAAAAUGAGAUGUCUAAUGCGAUGUAUUAUUUUUCUCUAGUAUAUUAACACGUCUGUUACAUUAGAAUGUUUUGGUUUUUAAUGGAUCAAAGAAAUAUGAAUUAUAAUUGUUGUUGCUGGUCUUUGCCUUGAAAAAACUUUUAUUUUGCAAAA